AUGACCAAAUCGGCCAAGGAUAUAGGUGCAUACAUCGUCGAAGUCGCACAAAAAAAGGGCGGCAAGGUUGACAUUGUUGGUCAUUCUGAAGGCGGAGUUAUGGCGCUAUAUGUGCCCAUGACGCAGCCUAAAGUUGCGGCUGUUGUUGACCACGCCAUUGCUCUGGGACCGGCUGUUCAUGGUGCACACUAUUUCGGGUUGACGGACUUCUUCCAGGCCCUGCCGGAUGGACUCCUGAAGUUGCUUGAAGCGGCUGUUAAGCCAUUGUGUGCAGCAUGUAUUGAUAUGGAGAACAAUGAUGGCGAUAUUUAUCUCGCGUUCAAGAAUAGCUCCAAGAUUGUGCCUGAUAAUAUCAAUGCGACUGUCAUCAUGUCCAACUACGACACGCUUGUCCCCAUCAAUGUGAGUCGGGUUGAUGAGCCUAAUGUCCGGAAUCUGAUUGUCCAGGACUUUUGUCCUGAUGAUCAUCUCAACCACGCCAAUCUUGCGUGGUCGGAGAGUGUCUGGGGCAUGAUCAAGAAUGAGCUGCAGGAGGUUGAUGCGCCGUUUAACUGUGACACUGGGGGUGCUUUCUGA